CGGGGAGCAAACGCACGCGGGCGGACGCCGGGGCGGACGAGAUCGAGGAGGCGGAGCUCGCGCUCGUCGCGCAGAAGGCGAAAGUCGCCGGCGGCGGCUCGAACGACGCGUCCACCGCGAUCGCGAUCUCGACGAAGGGCACGACGUCGUCGCGGCUGAGGGGCGUCAAGCGCACGUCCUCGCUGGACGCUCCGAUCAUGCUCCUGGAAGGGCACGCGGACGGCGUGAACGGCGUGAAGUUCUCCCCGGACGGUACCGUCCUCGCGUCGUGCGGCGCGGACAAGGUGGUGAACUUGUGGAAGGUCUCCGGCGACUGCGAGAACUACAUGAUGAUGCGCGGACACAAGAACACGGUGCUCGAGCUCCACUGGACCGCGGACGGCGACAACCUCGUGACGUGUUCGCCCGACAAGUCGGUUCGAUGCUGCGUCAAAAACAUGCGCGGGCACCAGGCGUUCGUCAACUCGUGCGCGCCGUCCACCCGCGGCGACCCGCUCGUGAUCUCCGGCAGCGACGACGGCACCGCGAAGCUGUGGGACCUGCGGCGGAAGCACGCGGUGCGGACGUUCCCGCACCGGUUCCAGGUCACGGCGGUGGCCUUCUCCAAGGAUGCCAGCCAAGUCUACACCGGCGGCGUCGACAACGUGCUGAGAGCGUACGACGUUCGGAAAGAAGACGCGCCGUAUCUGACGCUUCCGGGGCACACGGACACGAUCACCGGGAUCGCGACGAGCCCGGACGGGACGCACGUCCUCACGAACGCGAUGGACUGCACGCUGAGGAUGUGGGACGUCCAGCCGUACGCGUCGGGAGACAGGUGCGUCAAGUACUUCACGGGUCACUCGCACAACUUUGAAAAAACGCUUCUGCGGUGCUCGUGGAGCGCGGACGGGACGCGCGUCAGCGCGGGGAGCUCGUGCGCGAACGUGUUCGUGUGGGACGUCGACAGCAGGAGGGUGGUGUAUAAGCUUCCGGGGCACGGCGGAACGGUCGGCGAGGUGGCGUUUCACCCGAAGGAGCCGGUGAUCGCGUCGGGGUCCGCGGAUCACAAAAUUUACUUGGGCGAACUCGCGGACUGACAGAAUGAUUCAUCGUUCACUCGUCGGCUCAUUCGUCGCGUCCGAGAGAUCGCGGGGGGCGCGACGCGCAGCAGCACAUAGCCUUAUCAUAGCUUCACGUAAAGAAUCAUCGAAUAAAGAAUUACAAGAAGAAGU